CAGAUGGUCUAUCGCACAGCGCAUGCCAUCCACAGUUGAGGAGAGGGAAAAUGCAGGUCUUCCGAAGCAGAGCCACUGUACAGGUUGUCAGUGAGUCGAGCUCAGCUCUGCGCAAGCCUGAGCUGGCCACUAAGGAGGACGAGCCAGAGAGCACCGGCGCAGCAGCUCACAGCCCAGCAGCAUCUCCCUCGAGGAGCUCAAAGCCGGCAGUAACUAUUAGGGAGCAGAGGGAAGCAGCAAAGGCGAUGACUCAGUACUUCCGCGACUUGAAUGCAGCAAAGAAUGCUGAGAAGGCAAAGGUGUUUGGGUGGACCAGGGCUAAUGAGAUCUUCAACGGGCGCUGGGUCAUGUUCGGAGUGUUUGUGGGCCUUCUGACAGAGUACUCAACUGGCGUGGAUUUCAUCAACCAACUCAAACUCAUGGUCUCGUACUUGGGAAUUGCUGACAUCUAUGACUAAGACAGCAGGUGGGUUAUCAGGCCAAAGACUUCUCACCAGACAGCUGUGAGAAACAGCCGUGUUAUCAUAGAAGAACAAGCUUCCCUGGUCAUGCUUGCAAGGCUGCACUUGCGGGCAAUUUGCUUGGGCGCUGGACGUCAUGACGUGAACAAAUGCAACCUUAGAACAUCACAAUUCAAAAGCGCAGGCUCAACCUUGCCGAUGUUGAUCAGCAUGGGCAUUGAGCGAGCUGUCCCUGCCUGGAUUCGGCCAGGCGACAAUUUUGCGAGGGCGAGAGACAGAGAUCGAGUCGCAUUGACACAUUUUGAGUUUGGAUCAGGGCAGAGGCAUGUUGCAGCCACUGGGUUUGAGCACAAUUUGACAGCCUUGAGCGCAUUUGAGAGAGAAUAGACAUUGAAGGUAUAACUUUGUAAUAUAGUAGAUUCGAAU